AUGGCAUUCAUCUCGCGAAUUAGUGGAUAUUACAAUAAUCAAGAUGACGACUCUAUAAGACUUAUGAAUAAGACGUACACAGAACGCACGGCCAAGUAUAUUCAACUUGUUAGUAAUCUGAAAAAAAAUUUUGCCGAAGAUUUUGUUGAACUUCCCCAGGUUGUGUUUUGUGGAAAUCAAUCGGCUGGAAAGACCAGCUUAUUGGAAGCAAUUGCUAAUGUUCAGCUUCCAAGGCGGGAUGGUACGUGCACUCGGUGUGUAAUGGAGAUUCGCAUGCAGGAAACAUCAAAAACCAGCGGUUGGGAGUGCAGUAUCUCUCUGCGUGUAGAAUACGAUGAAAACAACAACCCGCUCCCAGAUGCUCGCAGAAAAAAUCUUGGGUUUGGCGAAGCUAUACAUGAUCCAAGUGACGUUCAUUUAAUGGCAUAUCGUGCCCAAAAAGCGCUCCUCAACCCAAGCACAAAGCAUGAUCUUUACCUCGAUCACGAACCGCUUGAUGAGUCGAAAGAGGAAGAGGAUGAAAUUAAAUUUACGAUGAAUACAGUCUGUUUGUCUAUUAAGGGACCAAACGUUCCCAAUUUAAGUCUAGUCGAUUUACCAGGAAUUGUGGAACACAUUAGAAACGUAGAUCCAGAAGUUUCACGGCAACUUGUUACUACGAUAAAAACACUCGCUAGAAAUUAUGUAAAAAACCAGAAUUCUAUAAUUGUCGCUACCAUUCCUUGCAAAGAGGAAGACGAAAAUCAAAGUAUUCAUAACAUAAUAAACGAAGUCGAUCGGCACAAAAAACGCACGGUGUUUGUGCUAACAAAACCAGACCGCAUUGAACCUGAGACGCAUGGGAAAUGGAUACCGAAACUUCAAAAUUCAUCAGGACCGGACUAUUUCGUAGUUAUGAAUCCAAAUCAGGAAAAAUUAAACAAGGGAGUAACAUUUACCCAGGCUAGGGAGGAAGAGAAACAGUGGUUUGAAAACACUGAACCAUGGUGUUCGUCAACUUUUAAAGACAAACUCGGGGUAAAAAGACUGAGGACAAGGCUGGAAAAUUUACUCAUAGAAAAAAUCAGAGAAAGUAUUCCUGAAGUUACGAAUAAGAUAAGUAACAGAUUAAAAAAGGAGAAUAAUAUAUUAAAAAAUUUACCGCCACCUCCUCUUAAUGCGCACUCUGCAAUCAGCAAUGUGACAAACAAGUGUAAAGAAUCAAUUCGUCACAAGCUUGAAAACACUGAAACCGAAUUGAAUGACAAAAACGAUAAUUUGUGGGAAAAAAUGAGAGGGCAGCUGAACGAGUACAAGACAACAAUAAAAAAUGGAAGACCGUUGUUCGUUUUAAAGUCGAAUAAUCAUGCGCUCCUUGUCGAUGUUUUGGAAAAUAUUUCCACACAAAACUGUGACAAGAAGUAUGAUUCAAUCGUCGUAACCACCAAGGCAAUUGUAAAUAAACAUAGUAAUAGACGUUCACUAGGUAGUGAGGAAUUUUUCAAGGAAACAACAAAUAUUAAGGAUAUUAUUGACAAAAACAGGGCUCACGAACUUCCCAGUAGAGUCCCCUAUAAAGUACCGAAUGACAUAAUCAAAAAAUAUCAACGUCAUUGGAAAGAACAUUCAACGCAGUGUCUCGAAAAAAUAUUUGAUAUUUUUUGGAAGGAAAUUGAACAAAUUAUCCGCAAUUCAGCAAAACAGUACAAGAAACUUUGCCUUUUCUUGGAGGGGCGUGCGAAGAAGCGGCUCGAAUCUUGUAAAGAGCGCUGCGAAAAACUGAUUGAAUUAUUUUCUGAUCUUGAGCUUAAGAAGCCGUAUACUGAAGAUGAUCAAAUUACACGCAACAAGAGUGUGUACCAGUCCCAGUUGAUCAACCUUGUACCUAAUGAUACGGAGGCCGCGACUGUCGUGGCUGAUGUAAAAUCAUAUUAUGAAUUGUCUCUAAGAAGAUAUACGGAUUACGUGUGCAUGACGAUAAUCUAUAAGUUUGUUUUUGAGUUUUCGGAAGAUUGGCAAAAUUCUAUGAUUAGUGACAUUUUUGUUGACGAUACUGAAAACGCGAACGGACAUUUAAAACCAAACGAGCUAAUCGAAGAAGAUCCAGCUAUUACAGAUGAUCGCGACAGGUGUGAGAAAGAUAUCAAUAGGCUGAAGAAAAUUAAAAAGGAGUUGGAAGAUUUUAAAUUUUCUAUGUUAUAA